AUGGAAGCCGAGCUCGCAAAGCUGCGGAACCUCGUCGGCAAAGGGGGCCCCGCACCGCGGCUUCAGGCUGAAGGCGACCAGCACCAGCACACGGAAGAGAAGAGUGAGAGGGAUCCCAGCUUCGCGAAGAGGACGGCGCUGCAGGAAAAUAUCAACUACCACGAGCGUGCCCUCAAGGAAGCUGUCAAGUAUGAAGAGCAGGAUGGUGCGGCCCAUGCGUACCACAAGGCUGAGAUUGACAAGCUCAGGGAGCAGAUCCGCGACCUGCGACCUCCAGCAACGGCGUACAAGCUGGCAUCGCAGAAACUGGAGCGCAGCAGGACGCAGCUGGACAAGCUCACGAAGGACCACGAGGCAUUGCUGCUGCAACUACAAGGACUGCAGGAGAAGAUAUCAGAAAAGUCGGCGUCGAUCGAGGCGAAGAAGGUCGAGGUCGAGCAGUUCAAAGCGGAGGCUGAGCGUCAUCAGCGGCAAGUCCAAGUUGCCCGCGGUGAAGCUUCCGACGGCGAUGCACCCAUUAUCCCCGAGGACAUCAUGGCGCUCGACGUCAACCUCACGGACUUCCAGGAUGAUCCUGGCUUGCUGCAGUUCUAUCACCAGUGCCGCGCGGACGCCAAUUUCCAGAAGUUACAAAAGUUGGUGCAGAAGAAGCUGGAGGUAUCCAUCCCCAAGGCUCCUGCGCCAAGGAAUGGUGUGCAAGUCCCUGUUAGCCCUGAGUCUGAUGAUGGUCUUGAUGGGACAAGCAGCGGAGGCGAUGGCAACGCCAAUGGCGAGUCCUCCAAGCGCGGGAACGGCAUCCAGUGGACCACGGAGGACGUCGAAGCUCUUCACACAAAGCUAUGCCAGGGAGAACACGGCAACGACAUCUCCAUGGAUCCGCUUUCCGACAUGGUGGCCGACAUCCAGAAAACCAACGAGCACCUGUUCGAGACCUUCAAUGCCAGUCAAGGGAAGCGGACGCUCAAGCUUCGAUUGGAAGGGACUAGCGCGCUGGUUGUUCUAGCGCAAGAAAUAGGACACUUGGACUGGGAAUGCGAGGCCCUCAGCACAUGGGCUGGCUCCCGCAAGUGGCAGAUGAUGGUUAUUCCUGGGAAGCCUACAGAUGGACAUCUUCCGUCAGGUGGGUUGGCCAUUUUCGCACGGGAAGGCGUGGGUUUACGAGGCCCUGAGUAUCCUGCUUCUACGGCGGCUCGAAGACAACGCGAGACGAAUGAGCAGAUUGCAUUCGGGUCAGAGCUGGUACCCCAUCGAGCGCAGCACGUGCUUGUGGAACUGGAAGGAUGGCCACCCCUCAACGUCUUCAACAUAUACCUGCACACGGCCGAGGGUAUGGCGACGAGGAACGCUAGGAUCCUCAUGAACGUAGGGCUCGCGAUGGCUGGACAGCAGUACCCAUGUCUUGUAGGAGGCGACUGGAAUAUGUCUAUCGACGAGGUUGAGGCAUCAGGAUUCCCAGUACACGCACAAGUCGGUCUUGUCAGCCCAGGCCAGGUCACAUGCAGGGGGCCGACCAGCGCCACAACGAUCGACUUCUUCGCCUUGAGCUCUGGAGCCAUGCGACUGACGAGGAAAUGCCAGGUAGACAAGACAUGGCAUAAGAACCCGCACCGCCCCGUCCAGCUAUCGUUGUGUGGCCACGGAACGACAAUGCAAUACCUUGCAUAUGUUGGAGGGAUAAAGAUUGCAGCCGAGAAAGUUGUGGGUCCAUUGUGGUACGACGCCGACUGGGAUUUCGAGCGGAGCUAUGCUGCAGAAGCAUAUCGCCAAGCAGCUGCUGCUCCAGUCGCCGUGGCGUGGAAGGUCUAUCACGAGCUAAGGCUUGGCCACAUCACGGGCACGUUCAUCAAGGCGCCAGAGAAUUUCAAGGGCAUGAUCCGACCCAAGUGGAUUUCGUAUGCAUAUGAAGGCCAAGACGCUGAAUGUAUCCAGGCAGUUGCUGAUGGCUCGCAAUGGUUUGCAGAUGCUGUCAAAGGGAUUGCUGCGCUCAAGAACGGCCGUGGCCGAGAGCAAGAAAGGCAACUCGCGGAUGAAGUCCAAGGGUUCCUGGAGACCGACUAUGUGGGCCAAAAUGUCAAUCAUCGUCUUGACGCUUCUGUCACACGAGCUAGACGGUUGAUUAGUCAUGCCUCAACAUCCAGCGAAGAAUUACACGAAUUGCUUGCUGCAUGCGAAGAAGAUAUGAAGUAUGCGAAGCAGCAGGCAGACCGAGACAGCUCUACUCGCUGGAAGGGCUGGUGCGAUAUUGCAUGUGCAGGAGGUGCUGGGCGUUUCCAUCGCGUCACCAAGCUCAACAGUGUGCAGGCGCCGACGGUAGUGUGCAAGACCACCACAGACGGCAUGAGCGGAUACCCUCACCAGAUUGUAUUGGACAUGGAAGCCAAGCACCACAAACUCUGGCAGGCGACUGAGGAGGCACCGCACGCUUGGGCACCUGAUCGCAGCACCGUGGAUAGACCAAGUCCAGGUAUGAUCAGAGCAGCCUCGAAGGCAUUCACCACGAAGACCUCGAGCAGUCUUGACGGCAUCCACCCGUCACACUUUCAGCACUUGAGCGACGAGGCCCUGGAGUGUCUCUGUGAUAUCUUCCAGGCGGUGGAGGCGAUCGGAGUUUUUCCCAUUCAACUUACGUGGAUGGUGAUGCCAAUGUUGCCCAAAGCUACUGGAGGACACAGGUUGAUCAUUCUGUACUCGGCGGCCUACAGAGUAUGGCAGAAGAUGAGACGGCCUGGCCUAGACAUGAUCCAGCAGAGAUUGGACCGCCCCUACUGGGGAGCGGCAGCGGGGAGAAGUGCAGUGGACAGUGCGUGGACCCUUGCAGCGGACAACGAGCAGAACGUAUGUCAAGACAGGUUCGUAGUCACGGUAGUUGCAGACUACAGCAAGUACUACGAGACGAUUGGGUUGGACCAGGCGCGCGACAAAUUGAUGCGCCUUGGUAUGCCAGUUCCGAUGGUCAAGGUGGUUUACAAUCAAUGGAAAGGGCCAAGGAUAAUACGGUUGCGACUCCACCACGGGGGAGCCCCAAGGCAUGCGAAUGCUGGGCUGCCAGCUGGAGAUGCGUAUGCAGAUGUGGUGAGAAAGGCUCACGCCGUUGAGCAGUAUGACAUGUACACGUCUUUGCAUCCGCUGGUGCGCUUCGCCUCCUACAUCGACGACACAGCCCUUGGCGUCAACAGCAGUGGCAAGCAGAUGGUGAUCGACCAGGCGGUGCAUGCUACAAAAGGUUUCUUUAAGGUUGCACGUGCAUUAGGGGCCAGCAUCAACGAGAAGCUUGCCAUCAUUUCUAGCACCAAGGCCAUAAGUGAUGAAGUCAGUCGUCGGCUACACCUUGAUAUGAAGAUCAGCUUGAAGAGUACGGCGUAUUUGGGCACUGACGUUUCUGGAGGCAGGGCUCGGAAUGCCAAAGGUACGCGUGACAAGUUUCGGGCAAGACAGAAGGUGUAUGGUGGCAGGCUUAGGAAGCUACGGAAGUUCAAGAAGGCGCUCGCUGCUAAAAAGACGGAGAGAAUUGGGAAGAUCUACCGUGUUGGUGCGAGGCCUGCGUAUACCUUCGGGGUCGAGGUCAACGGGGUUAAUGACGCGGAACUCCUGAAGUUAAGGCGGGACUGCAGCAAGCACGUCAAGCCCAACCACGGCGGCAUCUCCGCGAGUGCGAAGAUGGUGCUGCUCGGCGACCCUGCUGCCACGCAGGCGCUGGCUCCUGCCCUCCAAUGGUCAAGGAUGGUGUGGGCCGCUACAGCCAGACCCGCUACCGCAGCUGUUCCUCUUGCAUUGCUGGAAGCCUGGUGGAGAAGGGCAAUUACCGAACCUGGAGUAGUCAAGCAGUGGAGCAAGACACGUGGCCCCCUUCAACGCGCAGCGCUUUCAGCACAACGAGCUGGGUGGCAAACGCGUACAGGGCUACUCUGGAUAAACCAUCGAGGCGAUGAGGUGCAUGUAGGGCAACUUACUCCUGGACUUCUUGAAAUGAUGCUGAGGCAAGGUCUAGCAGUGCAGCAUGAGAAGGCUCUAGCGGAGAAGUGGGACAUGCAGCCUUACACAAGAGUUACCUUCGAUAUUCUUCGGCGCCAGGUGAGGUCGAGAAAGUUCAACAAAUAUCAGAAGUUCUGUAUCAUGAACUGUGCCUGUGAUGGAGUAUGGACACGUCAAAAAGCGAAGGAGAAAGGCUACCUCACGGACGGCAAGUGCGAGUGUGGGGAUGCGGACACGCUGGUGCAUAGGCUGGCGGAGUGUACUCGUCCAGAAGUCGUAGAAGCACGUCGAGAAGCUGGAAUCCCCGAGUCUUUCCUUCAGGAGCUCCGCCAAGCGCCGGACGAUCGAGUCAUCAACCAAGGGGCCUUUGCAUAUCCUGAGUGGGAAAUUCCUGACAUGCAGCUCGGCACUGGCAGCGUGAUUCUUGACGGCGAUGGCAACGACUUCGCUUGCACGCCCGAGACAAUGGCUGCGACUGUGCUUGCUGAGACGGAUCUGGAGAUGGAGCUGUCGUUCGACGGGAGCUGUACGAAGCCAGACAUUCUGGAGCUCCAACGUGCUGGAUGGGCUAUCGCUUUAAUGGAUCCACAUUCGGACAAAGUACGAUGCACGAUGCACGCCCCAGUGCCAGCGUCGCUUCCGCAGUCCUCGGCGAUGGCGGAGUACCUAGCCUACGCGUACACAGGACAGGUGGCAGAUCGCCCUGCUGAUGGCUACGCGGGCUUCAUGGGUACGGUCAGGAUGGCGGCCCUCACUUCCUGGGCACACCGUUCGGGAGCGGAGUAUGCUGGCCUGGAUAUGGCUACAAGAAGGCUCACGGAUGCCAAUGUCUACGCGGACGUGAGAGCCAAAGCUGGUGCGGCGAUGCAUGCAGCUAUCAGCGAGGAUUUCGCGAAGGUUAUCGACACGGCCACUGUGAGGAUCAAGAACUUCGCGAAGGUUCUCAGCGUUGCCACGUUGUUGAUGUGCCCCCUGCGGCACAACUUUGUGGUGAUCCCCUGCCCGCGCCUGAUGAAGACGGAGUCGGCGCUGGUGACGGAGCACGCUGCAGCCGCGUCGGAAAGGAGGCAGGAGCAGGGCCUCAACCACCUGACGGAGACAGCGUUCUCGCCAGGGACCGCGUCGGAAAGGGGGCAGGAGCAGGGCCCCAACCGAGCGGUCGCGGCGGAAAGGAGGCAGGAGCAGGGCCUCAACCGCGCGCUGGAGGUGUGCAGCAGCGAGGGCGAGCACGGCAGCCAAGUCUCUGGGCCCUUUUUCAGGCCAGGCUGUGGCUGCGGUGGCAAGUACUACGGGGAGUACUUCGAGAAGAAGGGCGGAGCCAGUGGCCAAGGGCGCACUCCACGGAGCUGCUGGCGCUACGACGUGGGGUUCUACGCGGAGUACGUCCUGCACAGCGCCUGUGGCCCUGGAGGGAGCUGCUGGCGCUCCGACGCGGGGUACUACGCGGAGUACUCCCUGCACAGCGCCUGUGGCCCUGGGGUUAGGCCGCAGCGGCUGCGGGCAGCGCCCGACGAGACGCAGGCGCCGAGCGCCGAGCUGGCGACGCCGCUGGCUCCCGCGCUGAGUGCCCGCGGCCGCGGGCGCUCGGGCGCGGCGGCCCCCGAGGGGGCGACCUGCGACCGCAGGGCCGCCGGGGCCCCGCAGAGUGCGCAGCUCCAGGCCUGCGGGCGCGAGGUCGAGCCUGGGCGGGCGCCGGCGGCGGCGGCCACGUUCACUGACGGCCCAAGAGGCCGCGCCAUGGAGUUCGACGGCAGCCACCCGGCGUUGCGGCAGCCCACGCGCAAGAGCCUGGCGGUGCCGACCGCGUCGCCGGGGCCGGAGGGCGGGGUCCCCCGCAGCGGCAGCGCGGGCUCCGCCGGGGCCGCCGCGUCGCGGAGGGCGUCGGCGUGCGCAGCGUCGCCCCAGCCCCAGUCGGCCGAGUUUUUCGAUCGCACUACCCCGUGGCGAAGGGCCUUGAUGGCCAAGGUGCACGACACCUGGAGGUCCACCACCCUGGCCGACCCGGACAUGUGGCCGUGGUGGCGGGCCUGCCUAGGCCACUGCAUUGACACCAUAUGGGUCGACGUGGAGCACGAGGUUGAGCGCCGUUUUGCGAACGCGCUGAAAUGGGUGCCUAUAGAAGACACGGAUGACAUAGAGCCCCCUUUCACGGACGCCCCUUUGCCAGUUGAGGGCUCGCGCCUCUACCGGUUGAGGGCGCACACACAUUAUUGGAUCCGUUUCCAUUGGCUGAGAGUUCGCGCCUACGUCCUACACCAUUAUUUGGCGCACGACCUUUCUUUCUUCGGCAAACUUCAUGAUCGCGUGUUUUUGCUAAUGCUUCUCAUGACGACCAUCCCAGUCACUGGCAUGCGAGAGCUGUUUUUCUCAGUGGUACUUUUGAUGCUGUUAUUUCCAGGUCCUCCAGACGAGUUCCAACUUGUCAAUUACAUCCUUGUCAUCAAGGGCACACAGUUUCUCACUUCUGGUCUUGCUGGACUGUCUUCUGGGGCCAUGAGAUAUUUUAUGUGCUACACGUUUUUUAAGGACGAUUUCUUCCAGUGCGUCGAGAGGCAUGGCCCUGGCGCCAGAGUGUCGUACUACGGCCAGCUCUUCAACUACUUCGGCAGCACCGUGCUCGUCUGGAUCGCGUUCUCCCGGCUGAAGACCUCCACAAAGCAGGCGUCGGUCGACAUGUCUAAGAACGCCGAGCCGCCCCCGAAGGACACGUGGCAGAAGCUCCGGUGGCUGCUCUACUACGACAUGGCGUGCUUCGCGCUCUCGCUUCUGCUCCUCGGACUCCUCGCGGGGGUGACGUGCUCAGUCCGCUACUGGAAGCACGGCGCGCUCGACGGCGUCUCCGAGGGGAAGGAUUUCCACGCGAACCUGUUCUGGUGCACCACGCUGUAUGCGCUCCUGUCCAUCCCCUUCUUUGCGAUGAAGUGGCUCCCGGGCGCGCUCGCCGUGCUCACGCACACCACGAACACGGGGUACAACGCCCACGGCGCGUGCGUGGCCUUCCGCUUCCGCGCCCCCGCCGACGCGGGGAACGGCGGGCCGACGCCGCAGGGCCCGCCCGCGUGGUCGUCGGGCCAGGUGGCCGUGCAGAUCACCCGGAUGCUGCGGCUCGCGGAGAG